GAUCGACAAAAUCUGAAUGCGAAAAUAACAAAAUAGAAGUACAGUGGGAGGGAGAACAGUGUGUAGCCUACAAGGCAGGUUAGCUAGCUAUAUAUGUUCACAUCCUAUUCGAUUGGAUAUUGACAUUGCAUGCAUCGCGGUGACAGGCAAAAUAUAAGGAGAUGCGUUUUUAUUUACGAUUGCACACAAUUCCUACAACAAGAAAGAGUUUGACAUGAAAGUGAACCGCUAGCUAACCAGCGAAAGUGUGGCACUGUAUUUUAGGCUACUGUCUGAAAAUAAACUGGAAGAUGACAGACAUCGGACUGUAUGGAUAACUGUCCAUGGAGAUAAUCUAAUUCGCUUUUAUAUGGAUUUUAGACCAACUACAAAUAGAGGAUUUCUUAUUUGAAAAGCUUUGAUCAGCUGUCAUGGCCAACAUAAAGUCGCGCAGUGAGUCUGAGGAUGAAGAUCUACACUCCACAGAUCCUGAGAGUAAGGACAAGAGCAAAGACAAGAAGAUACUGUGCAAAGGCAAAUGGUCUCGCGAUGAGGACGAGAGGCUGAAGAAGUUAGUGGAGCAGCAUGGAGCAGACUCCUGGAAAUUAGUAGCUAAUAAUUUUCAAGGUAGGACAGAUGGCCAGUGUCAGCACCGCUGGCAGAAGGUGCUCAACCCAGAGCUGGUGAAAGGACCCUGGACAAAAGAGGAGGAUCAGAAGGUGAUUGACCUGGUUCAUAAAUAUGGCCCCAAGCGCUGGUCUGUGAUUGCCAAGCACCUGCAGGGGCGGAUCGGGAAGCAGUGCCGUGAGCGCUGGCACAACCAUCUGAACCCUGAGGUGAAGAAGUCCUCCUGGACCCAGGAAGAGGACAGCAUCAUCUACCAGGCCCACAAACGCCUGGGCAACCGCUGGGCCGAGAUCUCCAAGCUGCUGCCUGGAAGGACAGACAACUCCAUCAAGAAUCACUGGAACUCCACCAUGAGGAGGAAAGUGGAGCACGAGGGGUAUCUCCAGGAGGGCUGCAGGGGAUUCAGCUCAGAGAAUGGGGGGUUGAAGCGACGCCACCACAGACCCUGUGUCCCCCAACUAGACACCCCCCACGGUGGGCACAGCCCUCUGGGCAUAGCUGGACCAACUCAGCUUGGGGGUUACCUCUAUAGCCCUCACUGUGGCCAGCUGAUGGACAGCCUCCCAGACUCCUCCAGCUACUUAUUGCCGUCCUGCCAUGAUGAUCCAGACAAAGAGCAGAGAAUUAAGGAGCUUGAGCUGCUGCUUAUGUCAGCAGAGACCGAGGUCCGGAGACAGGCCCAGUGCCGAGGCCCAUGUAGUGUGGAGCAUUACUCCAGCUGGGCAGACAGUGUGUCAGAUGACACCAUGACCACCAGCAGCAGCAGUCUGGAGGAUCAGAGUGAGGGAGGCUGGAGGGGGGCAGAGGAAGGCCAAGGGCCACCAGUUCAGCGCCAUGUCUCCCCCAGUAAGUUCCUGGCUGUGGAGGCUAGUUCUGUGCUCUCCACCCUGCAGACCAUCCCCGAGUUCGCAGAGACCAUGGAGCUCAUCGACUCGGACCCUAUGACAUGGAGCGAGGCGGCCAGCUUUGACAUGUCUGAGGCGACGACUCCCCCGAAACAAACACAGGGGAGCUACGCACCCCAGGGGAGGACCACAGAGGGGAUGAGGUAUACCAACGACAUCUCAACAAAGCACUGUGCCCCCAUUGGUCAGCGGAAAGUCCAUACCCCAAACAACGUGCCCAGACCAGGCCUGCCGUCCCUGGGGAUGAAGAAGAGGACAGAGAGGGUGGACCAGUCCCCUGUUAGGAGCCGUGCGUCCUUCUUAGAGUCACCCAGCAUCAACUCGCCCAAGAACACCCCCACAAAAGCACGGCCUUUCACCCUCUCCCAGUUCUUCAACACAUCAGGAGGAGAGCAUCUGAGCCUGGACAACCCUGCUCUGACCUCCACCCCGGUCUGUGGCCAGAACUAUCUCCUCAACACACCCUUCCAGAAAGAGACCACGCCCAAACACCAGAAAGAGACCACGCCCAAACACCAGAAAGAGACCACGCCCAAACACCAGAAAGAGAAUAUGGGUUUCAGGACCCCUAAGAUUCAUAAGACCAUAAUGGUUCCGACUCCCAGAACUCCUACUCCGUUUAAGAACGCCCUGGCCGCCCAGGAGAAGAUGCAUGGGCCGCUAAAGAUGGUGCCCCAGCCCCUGGCCUUUCUGGAGGAAGAUAUCAGGGAGGUGCUGAAGCAGGAGAUAGGAUCAGACAUCUUCACCAGAGAACCACAACCAGACUUCAGGACAUGGAAACAUGAUGUGGAUGGGCCAGCCAGGAAGGUGCGUAAGUCCCUGGUGCUGGACUCCUGGGGGAAAGACUGUCUUAACGUCCAGCUAUACCAGGACCAGCUCAAUAACGCACUGGUCCCAGAGGAGAGUUUGUUAACCAGCUCCUUAUUGAUGACCCCACUCCCGGAGAGAGACAGAGAGGAGCGCCCCUGCCCCCCCUCGUCUGGGAAGGAGGGGUCCUGCGGCCCCCGGCGCCACCUUCCCAGCCCCCGCAAGAGGAAGAACCCCCCCUCGGUCAGAAUUUCCCACCACGAUUCACCUGGACAGGUCAGCAACCAGUGGGAAGCAGUGGUUUAUGGGAAGACGGAGGACCAGCGGAUUAUGACAGAGCAGGCCCGGCAGUACCUGAGUAGCACCUACACGUCCACCGGCUGCACCUCGAGGGCGCUUGUGCUCUGAGACCUACGUCCUCACACACUACAUCUGUCCACGCUCCUUCUCAUAAUGACUCUUAACAUACUUAGACAAUCUGGUGUAGAUCUACUCAAAUCAUUUAGACAUUUGUGUAUUGAUAAGAUCGGUAACUGAACACUCAAGUGUAACACAGAAUACUUUACAGAAAAGGUAAGACUGUUGUUUUUCCGGGUCACACUGCCCGGUUGUCAUAAAUUGCUUUGUUUGUCUUUUGAAUACCACCAGCCGUUGACCUCCUAGCCAUGUAACAGGGUUGUACAAUACUCGAUUUCCUGCACUAGUUUAUAAUGUGUUAAAACUGAACAACCUGCACAUACAGUAAGUAGCAAGCUGUAGAAAUAGUUUUUGUAUUACUACUGUAGCAGUGACUGCUUAUGAGUUUCAUAUUGUUAAUAUAUUGUUUAAACAAAAAUGAAAAAAUACAUUUUAUGAUGUAACAUUACAUGUAUAUGUAUAUUCAGCUUGUUUGUAGAACUACCCUGUACUGCUAAACCUGUUGUUGUGAAGUCUUGAGAGAGAAAGAGAGGAUAGAGAGAGAGCUGUCAGUAUUGCACUACUGAGUAGGGGUUGGCUGCAGAGAAACGGUCAGUGUUGAGGAGGUAACUGGAUAGUACAAUGAAGUUUCCAUUCCAAGGCCAUACUUCCCUUUAGCAGUCUCAAAUUGAGACUUUUGUUGAAUGUAUUUCAUAGCUUGAAACUGCGAAGAAACUCAAAAUGGAAGGGUACCUUUUUUGUUCAUUUGUUUGUUUUUAUCUUAUUUUAUUUAUUAUCUGUUCUCUAAAACUUAGAUAUUAAUAUAAGUGUAAAUUGAACACAAAGUUUCCAUUGAGAAAUGUACCUUUGCUGACAGACAGUCUAAAACCCUUCUGAAACCCUUUGACCUAUAAGGUCAGUUCUACCACACUGAACCUAGAUCAGAAUCCAGUUGUCAUGUUUGGUACAGACACAUAGCGCUCAUGUCAUCAGUGUGCUAAAGCAAGCAUUUUAGUUGAGGUUCUAUUUAUUCAAUGUUUACUAAUUUAUUUAUUUCAAAAAAAUUGAAAAAUAAAUGAUCAAAUAAUGAUAUUUUCUUUCUAUCAGAAAAAGGAUUGGGCUACCUUUCAACUCAUUUCUACGAAUUAGACAUAACAAGCGAACAUGCACUACCACUAAUCUCUUUCAUUCAGUCAUUGUUUUAACUAUCCGAUUUAGUUAAUAACCAUUGUAUCGUGACAUCACCGAGUUGUUGAUAUUGGUAGAACAGUUUCCCCUGGAAUCAGAGUUGCUUUGUAUUCUCCAUAGGUAGUAGCAGGAUUCCGUCUCCAACCUCUAAUAGACAAAUUGCACUUUUCUCAUCGUUUAAGUGUUGUUUUGUUCAUUUGUUUGUGUGUGUUUUGUUUGUUUCAUUUAUUUAAAUCUAGUGCCAUUGGAUGAAUGUGUCACUGCAUGUGACUAUUAAACACUGACAUACAGAUGUAAAGACAGAGCUGUUUAAAAUCCAUUGUUUAUAAGUAAUAAUUACAAGUACAACACAAGAUAUUCAACAUACAAUGAAAGAUGAAGCUUUUACGUCUUUAUGUGACAAUGCGGUCUUCUAUGGCUCUGAUUGGUUGCCUAAUAGGGAUGCAGCAGAGUAUCUAUGGACCCUGUGGUGAUGGUGGGUGUCAUUUGUUCCGACAGUCUUCCAGCUGUUUAGAAUCUAGAUUAUAAUGGGGAUUACCCAGCAUUAAGUGUGUUUGAGAAUAAGAAGGGAAUCUCCUCAGGAGAGAUCAAGUGGAAAGAUCAUGUAUGUUCACCCUCUCUGAACUCCACAGAACCACACUUUCUUUCUUAUUUUCCGACAUCUAACAGCUCCAGUAAAUAUGGAUAUAUGGUUGUUCUCUGUUCCGUCGGUUGGUUUGACUUCAGUAUGUUUGGUUUGUAGCAUGUUUGUACGUAACACUUGGACAUCUAACCCUCGGUUAUAAGGGAAUUGAGUAUAGUUAUAGUAGCAGUUGUUGUCAUAAUCAAGCAUGAACAAUAAGCAAUACGUUGAACUGUUCAGUGAUCAUGUUUUUACUACAACUACAAUAAUCACAGACGUAACACGUCCAUUAUGUCAUUGUCAAAGUUUACUGUUGAAAUCAUAACCAGGUACCAUAGAAUUCCCGCCAACUGCCAUUGUAACCAUGUACUUAAUAUGUAAUAAUAAUAAAAUGUUAUUGC